UACAUCGAUGGGUCUUUGGGAUUGGUUUUCCAGAGCAUCAGCUUCAGGUUUUGGCUCUUCAUCCACCGCCGAGCAAGUCACUGAUGGAAUUGAUGCAACCGCCCUCACUGCUAUUGUCACAGGUGCAACCAGUGGAAUUGGAAAAGAAACGGCAAGAGUACUGGCUGUAAGGGGAGCCAAAGUAAUCAUUCCAUCAAGAAACUUAGAGAGUGGUUUAAAGGUAAAGGAAGUUCUUCUCAAAGAGCAACCAAACGCAAAGUUGGAGGUUAUGGAAAUGGACUUGGCCUCUAUCAAAUCUGUCACUUCCUUUGCUCGCUCCUUCAAUUCUUCACAUCGUCACUUGAAUAUACUCGUUAACAAUGCAGCGAUAAUGGGUUGCCCUUUCCAGCUCUCUGUAGAUGGAGUAGAAUUGCAGUUUGCUACCAAUCACCUGGGGCAUUUCCUCCUAACAAAACUCUUGUUAGACAAGCUUAAAGCAACAUCAAAAUCAACUGGGAUUGAAGGAAGAAUAGUCAAUGUCUCAUCUUCGGCUCAUAGAUAUCCAAAUAGUAGUUCAAACCUAAUCGGUCUGGACAAGAUAAAUGACAUAUCUAUGUACAAACCAUUUGAUGCAUAUGGUCGAUCGAAGCUCGCAAAUAUAUUGCAUGCUAAUGAGCUAUCUAAGCAAUUGCAGGAAGGAGGAGUUAAUGUGACUGCAAAUUCCCUACAUCCAGGGCUUAUUCCUACUAAUAUAAAUCGAUAUACAAUUUUUGGAAGAGCCAUUCUUCCCCUAACAUUAUUACUGAAGCCAUUUGUGAAAAACAUAGAACAGGGUGCAUCAACGACUUGUUAUGUGGCUCUUCAUCCCAACUUGAAAGGUAUUAGUGGAAAAUACUUUGCCGAUUGCAAUGAAAAGCAACCUUCUUCUCAAGCUCGGGAUAAGGAUUUGGGUAGAAAAUUAUGGGACUUCAGUCAAGACUUACUUAACAACUUAAACAAACCCAAAUAAUUCCUAAGACAGAGUUUGGAACCA